AUGCGCGCUCCCCCGGAGCUGGCCCAGCUCACGCCGCAGGCCUACCACAAGCAGGCCGACGAGUUCCUGAACGACCUGCUGGACCGUCUCGAAGCGCUGGGCGACGAGCGCCCCGACAUCAUCGCAGACUCCGAGUACUCCCAGGGUGUGCUCACGCUGUCCGUACCUGCUCUGGGCACCUAUGUCAUUAACAAACAGCCCCCAAACAAGCAGAUAUGGCUCUCGUCGCCAGUAUCCGGCCCCAACCGCUACGAUCUGAUUGACGGCGAGUGGGUCUCGCUACGCGACGGUUCCCGCCUGAUGGCCGUUCUGUCACGUGAGCUGGGGCGUGCGCUCGACAAUCCUGAUUACGCACUCUGA